ACAGGCAAACGCUCUUCAAUUUGCCACCUAUUUAUUUCACGGCACAGGUGGCGAAUAACCUGCACGCGCCGUCAAAGCAAUGAGCGAAGCCGAAGAAGCUUCGUCUUACCCUCUGAUUGACCCGGCGAACUUCGAUCUCAUCAUCGUCGGCACCGGUCUACCGGAAUCAGUCAUCGCCGCUGCAACAUCUGCCGUCGGAAAGACUGUCCUCCACCUCGAUCCGAACUCCUUCUACGGAAGCCACUUCACUUCUCUCUCCCUCGACGAACUCACUUCUUACCUCAAUUCUAAUUCUAUCCCUGCAAACACAGCCGCCGCCGCCGCCAUAUCUGGCGAUUCCGAUCACGUCGUUAUAGAGCUCAUCCGGCAACCGCUGUACUCCGACGUGGAGAUCGUUUCAUGCGCUUCUGAUGAUGAAACAGUGGUUCUGCGAGAAAAUUCGAGAAAAUUCAACCUGGAUUUGGGAGGGCCCAGGGCAUUGUUUAGCGCCGACAAGGCCAUUGAUCUGUUGUUGAAGUCAGGUGCUGCACAGUAUUUGGAGUUCAAAGGGGUCGAUGCGAGCCUCGUGUACGAAGCGAAUGGGGUUUUGGUGAAUGUGCCAGAUUCUCGUGGGGCAAUUUUCAGAGACAAGAACCUUUCCCUCAAGGAAAAGAACCAAUUGAUGAGGUUCUUCAAGCUUGUUCAGCAGCACUUGGCUGAUGAUAAUCAGAGUGAAAGAAUUUUGGAGGAAGAUCUGGAGAGUCCAUUUGUUAGUUUCUUGGAGAAAAUGCGGUUGCCGCCCAAGAUAAAAUCGAUUCUUUUAUAUGCUAUAGCCAUGGUAGAUUAUGACCAAGACAAUGACGAGGUUUGUAAAGAUUUACUUAAAACAAAAGAUGGAAUAGAUCGUUUAGCUCAAUACAGUUCAUCUGUUGGAAGGUUUCCCAAUGCACCAGGGGCUUUGCUUUAUCCUAUUUAUGGUGAAGGAGAACUGCCACAAGCUUUUUGUCGUCGUGCUGCUGUCAAGGGUUGCAUUUAUGUUCUCAGAAUGCCAGUUGUUUCUCUGCUUAUGGAUAAGGUUACUGGGUUUUAUAAAGGUGUUAGAUUAGCUUCGGGUCAGGAUUUAUAUAGCCAUCAGCUAAUCUUGGAUCCAUCCUUCACGAUUCCAUCACCAUUGUCUUUGUCUCCUAGAGAUUUUCCCAGUGAAAGGCUCCAAAUGUUGAGUCAAAUAGAUAUUAAAGGAAUAGUGGCUAGGGGAAUAUGUGUCACCAGGAGUUCAAUAAAGCCAGAUGUAUCAAAUUGCUCAGUGGUGUAUCCUCCUAGAUCUUUGUAUCCUGAGCAGGUGACAUCAAUCAGAGCUCUUCAGAUAGGAUCAAAUCUUGCUGUUUGUCCUGGGGGCACCUUUAUUUUAUACUUUUCCACUUUGUGCAAUGAUGCUGAUGAAGGAAAGAAGUUACUAAAAGCAGCCAUGAAUGCUCUUCUUACACUGCCUGUAUCUGAAAACCCUGAAAGUAUUCCCAUUGUUCAAAGUGAUAGUGAAGAUAUAAAACCCAUUGUGCUCUGGAGUGCAUUUUAUAUUCAGAAAUUAACUAUGAGUAAAUUUGAAUCUAUCAGAUCCACUCCUACACCGGAUGGAAAUCUAAACUACAAUGACCUUUUAGAUGCAACUGAGAAGCUAUUUGGUCAAAUGUACCCGAAUGAAGAAUUCUUUCCAAAGACGACAGCACCUGAAGAUACUAUGGAUGAUGAUAAUGGGAUAACUCUGGAGAGCUAAUCGAGGUCAAAGUCAAAACUAUCUGAGCAUCUCAUGUGAGAACUUCAACGUCAAGAUCUGGGAGAAAGGGUGUUUUAAAAUUAUAAGCGCAUGGAAUGCCCCGAAGAAUUGAAGAUGUAGGCUUAAUUUGUAAUUAAGGAGGCGAAAGGUUCCAGUUCCUACUUUAUGGGUGAAAAGAAACCAAAAGGGGGCCCAAGUGAAGUAGUAGUUACUGAUUCUGAAUUUUUGUCAAGCAUACAGAUAUUGAUUUGGUGUUGUAUAUCCCACCUAUGAGCCACUUUCAAAAGAUGUGGAAUAGUGGAAGUUUCAAAGUUUUGGGGCUGAAGUAUGGUGCUCAAGAUCCUAUAUCUUCAUCUGCAAUUUGUAUUUUGAAAACAAUUUGAUUUUAUAAUUUUAUGAGGUUAGGACCUGUAUGAAUCUGUUGCAAUAUAUUUGAAAUAUGGUGUAUAUGAUAAUCAUUAUGUUUCUGGCACGGUUUCUGAAAAGAAACAAUUUUUUCUA